AUGGCUGCUGCAUACGCCGCAGGGUUUUUAACUGCUUUAAACGCCGUCCGGAUGGCUUAUUACCGCGGCAAUUUUUGCAAAUUGGGGCGCAGCCCCAACGUGGACUGCGCCUCGGGAACUGCGACGUUAAAGAAGGCUAGGGGACAUUUUGGGUCCCAGCUAACAAUGCUCCCCAGGAGCGUUAUUUUAAACGGCGGUCUGGUCAAGGUCAGAAAAAUGCAAAACCUGCUGAGCGAAAAAAAAAACGUGUCCGUGCGGAUGCUUAGGGUUGUUAAGGCCUAUCACUCCCCUCGUAUAAGCGUCUUUGGCGACGCACUCCGUGAGGUUUGGCACGGUAUUAGCUCGAGGGACCGCCCCCGCGACCAACGGGCAAAACGUUUGGGUGUCCACGGCUUUCACAGAUUGGCCAGUUUUGACCAGAGAAAAUAA